AUGAUUGUUAACGGAGAGAUUAAAGUGAACAUUGAGGAGCAGGAUGUGAUUUCGGAAAAAAAAAACUUCUUGAAGAAUGCACUUAUCAUGUAUGCAAUAGAGGAAGACCUAUCAAUGAAUGCAGUCAAGAAGUUUAUGCUCAGUACCUGGAAUUUUGUGACUUUGCCCGAUCUGUACUACAACAAAGAAGGAUACUUUCUUAUAAGAUUCAAGAAUGGUGAGGACAAGGCAAGGGGGGAGAGGAGCAUAGGGAAAAUUGCAAAUGAUAUUAGAAAGCCAAUGUUGACUGAUGAAUGCACAACGAAGAAACUCAGAGUGUCAUAUGCUCGUGUCCUUAUUGAAGUGGAUGUAACAAAAGAACUUAAGAGCCAGAUAACUAUUAGGGACCCUGCAGGAGAGAAAAUGAAUCAGCAAGUUGAAUACGAAUGGAAGCCAUCUUUUUGUACUCUGUGCAAUAAAGUGGGGCAUAGAUGUAAACAAAAGACUGAGAAGGCAACGCAAGUAUAUGUGAAGAAACAGCAAACAACCUCCAAUGAUGCAACUAUCAUCACCAAACCAGGAGGCCAGCAAGAAGAUGAGGGCAAAGGAGUAGAGGAGGAGGACCUUUGGAUCAAAGCAAAAACUGCAAAGGGCUCAAUAAAAAAGCUAGAUGCAGAGAGGUUGGAGCCCACCUCAGAAAUAAUCAGGAUAUGGUUAGGUUGGGAUCAUAGAGUAUAUGACAUAAAGAUUAUUGGGACUUCUGAUCAGUACUUGCACAGUGAGGUUUAUCAGGGUAAUGGAGAAUUUUCUCACUAUCUGACUGCCAUCUAUGCUCAUAAUCAGCUAACCCAUAAGAAGAAGCUUUGGGAUGAUUUGCAAAUCUUGGGAGACAUGAUUAAUAAACCUUGGAUUAUUAUAGGUGAUUUUAAUAAUGUGCUGAAAACUGAGGAUAGGAUGGGUGGAAAUGAAGUUCAGGAAAGUGAGUACAGAGAUUUGGAAAACUUGAUGGAGGUUAAUGGUGUGUUUGAGCAUGAAACAAAGGGGUCUUACUUUACUUGGUCCAUCAAGCAUAUCCAAGGUAUGAUUUAUUCUAGAAUUGACAGGGCUUUGUAUAAUAAUAUGUGGUUUACCAAGUUCCCUGAGAGUGUGAUUGAGGUUCUAAAUCCUCAUAUCUCUGAUCAUUCACCUCUGAAAGUAACUCUGGACAGAGAUAGGGUGUUUUCUAGACAAAGGAAGAGGUUUCAAUUUUUGAACUGUGUGAUUGAAAAACCUGAAUACAUGGACACUCUUAAAAAUAACUAG